AUGAGUUCACAGCAUAUUUUCAUCGACGCUAAAAAAGGGGUUGAGCUUGCAGGCAACAUAUCUCCACAUGCAGGGAAUCUCACCUUCUUGAGGUUUCUCAGCCUUGGUGGCAACAGAUUCCAUGGAGAAAUUCCUCGAGAAUUGAGUGGUGAAAUUCAAGGUGGCAUUAGCAAUUGCUCAGAGCUUGCCAACUGCAGCAAUCUGCAACAAUUAUAUUUUGAUGGAAACAAUUUUGGUGGUGAAUUACCUAGCUCCAUUGGCAAUAUGUCUAACCUUGUCCAAUUAGGCCUAGAACGAAAUCCAAAAUCAGGAACAAUCCCAGAAGAGGUAGGGAAUCUUGUAAAUCUGUAUCGAUUAGAUAUGGAUGGAAACCUUUUUCCUGGUAGUAUCCCCAUUUCUUUUGGAAAGCGGCAAAAGCUGGAAAGGCUAACCUUAAAUCACAAUCUACUUUCUAGAGAAAUCCCAGUGUUCCUAGGUCCUUCACACCCAGAAGCUGACAACUUGAAAAGUAUUAAUGCAUUUGAUGUCUCAGAGAACAUACUCUGUGGGGAAAUUCCUAAGACAAUACGCGAUUGUUCAAAGCUAGAAAUCCUUAACAUGCAUGGUAACUUCCUGCAGGGAAACUUCCUGCAGGGACCCAUUCCCUCAUCUUUCGUUUCUUCGAAAGGUCUCCAACGAAUAGAUCUGUCCAGAAACAACUUGUCAGGAAAUAUUACAAAUGAGAAGCUAAUCUUCUUGCAAUAUUUGAAUCUUUCUUUCAAUAAUUUUGAGGGUGAGGUACCAAAAACAGGAGUUUUUAGCAAUGCAAGCGCAUUUUCGCUUAUUGGAAAUAGAAAUCUUUGUGGAGGUAUCCCAGAAUUGCAGCUACCAGAAUGCCCUGGCAAAGAAGAGAAACACAGAAAGCCUUCCAUUGUUACAAUCCUCGCCACAACCAUCAGUUCAAUUCUGUUUGUCAUGAUAGUGAUGUCCUUAUGUGUUUUCUAUUGGCAAAAGUCAAGAAAGAGUCCAAUUUUCUCACCUUUCACAGUGGAUAAGCUUCCUCAAAUUUCAUACAAGGAACUCUUGCAAGCAACUAGCGGAUUCUCUUCAGAAAACUUAAUUGGACAAGGCAGUUUUGGCUCAGUAUAUAAAGUAAUUCUUCAACAGCUAGGAGAAUGUUUUGUGGCUGUAAGGGUGCUCAAUCUUCCGCAACAUGGAGCUUCCAAGAGCUUCAUUGCUGAGUGCAAAGCAUUGAAAAUCAUCAAGCAUCGAAAUCUGGUUAAAAGCUUGACAUACUGCAACAGCAUUGAUUUCAAAGGCAACAAUUUCAAAGCUUUAGUAUAUACAUUUAUGGAAAAUGGCAGUUUGGAAAUGUGGUUGCAUCCAGAGGGAAAUGGUUAUAGUCAGAGAAAUAAAUUAAUCUUUUUUCGAAGACUAUGCAUUGCCAUUGAUGUGGCUUCUGUAUUGCAUCAUCUUCAUGACCAUUGUGGAAUGCAAAUCGUUCAUUGUGACUUGAAGCCGAGCAAUAUUCUUCUUUACAAUAACAUGACUGCUCAUGUUGGUGACUUUGGAUUAGCAAGGCUCAUUUUUUAA